UCAUGGAGACGUCUGCUCCAGUCACCGGUUCCAGAUAUCCUGCUUUGGCUUGAUAUCCCGUCAUAUAUACAUGGCUUGUUGAUCGCCGCGUUUCUCACAGCCAAUAUCCUUACCAUUAGCCUUGGGACCCGGUCUUGGAAGGAAGCUCAGCAGAGGGCCGGUGCUCUGGCGGUCAUACACCUGCUCCCACUCUGUACAGGCUUCACCUUCAGUAUUUCAGCUGAUCUAUGUCACCUACACCGGUCCACCUUCGAAUGGAUCCACCGGUGGUUAGGAAGAAUUUGCGCAAUUCACUGCCUACUACAUGGGACUGCAAUUUUUCGUGUAGUAAGCGAAGGAAUGAACCUAAAUUCACCUGCCUACGUGGCUCCGCUAGCGUCUGGAUGCAGUUUCCUCCUAAUUCCUCCUUUAACUCAUAGUGCUCUUCUAGGUCGCCACCCACAACUUGCGCUAAAGGGCCACUAUGUGCUGAUAAUCGUCGCCCUGGCCGCACUUGGCUACCAUUUAAUCAACCGCGCCACAGUGUACCGUUGGGUCUUUCUUGGGGGUCUUUGCCUAUGGUCUAGCUUGAGCGGAGCGGCGUGUAUACAUACACUGUGGUCCCACAGAUCGUGGUGGGGAACGAGUUCCGAGGCUGUCGCAACGUCGGAUGGUCAGAUUCUUUGGCUAGAUAUUGCGAUGCCACCAAGAUGGAAGAGCCAAGCGGGCCAGUACGUACAGUUGUGGAUGCCGCGGUCAGGACUGGCCCUCUACUCGCAGCUUCCGCUGUUCUAUGUCGCAUCCCACGAGGAAACAAAACAAUCAAAUGCGGGGCCUGUUCGUACCCUGCACAUAGUGACUCGCUCUCGAUCAAGCCUCGCCGUUCACGUGUUAGGACCAUUUGGGCGCCCUUGCGAUUUUGGCCAAUAUGGGACAGUCCUGUUCAUAGUUGAGGACAUUGGACUUUUCCGCGCAUUGCCAUUUAUCCGAAGUUUGGUCGAAGAAAGUCGCGAGCGAAGGAAUACAGUACGGAAACUUGAGGUUCUUUGGCAAGUCGACAAGAGCAAUUCCAACCACCAGCCAUGGGUAUCCCAGCAGAUCCAGCAGGUCCUGGAUCUUGACCUCAUGUAUGAUCGUUUCAAAACUUCCACUAACUGGGGAGAUCACGAGCGUCGUGGUUUUGACAUCUUGCAUUUCCAGAUCCACCUUCUGGGUGUCAAACCCACAGAUAUGGCAGGCUUGACUAAUAGAACACGUCUUACAUACUGCUUGGAUCAAAUGAGACCGGCUGAAGCGGUUGUGCGCCACUUGAACCACCAAUGUGGAAGAAUGGUCGUUGCAGUAUGUGCAAGCCCACAGAUCCGCGCGACAGUGAAAGGCACCGUACGAUCGAGCCCGAGAGAAGACUUACAACUUGUUGACCUCGAUCUCGAGCCUUCGGUUGACUGGCUAAAUGGUGAGAUUGCCGUCAACGGAGCGGCUACGACAUACCAGUGCUCGGGGGAUGAGACAGGCCAUAAAGUGGUGUCAGACUCCGCCUCUGUGCUCUCAGGUAGAACCCUGGUUGCCGAAAGAGAUGGAAACGAGAUAUCUGAUUCGGGCUCUGUGCUUUCUGGUCGGACUUUGAGGCCGACGUCCCACCAGCCAGCCGCUCAUCUCACUUCUCCCACAGCAGCAAACCAUGCCAAGUGGGUCAAACAAAAAAUCGCCGAAGGCGAGAUAAAUUCCCGGCGGAGGUGA